AUGCUGCUACAGCUGAAGAUGCUCAUGGAGGGCAUGUACGAAGGGCACUACAUGCUUGACAGGUUCAAGAUACAGCAUGCUGAAGAAGACAAAGUCGAAGGUGAGGUGAGAUCACUUGCCAUGUCUACUCUUACUGCUGCCAAGCGCCUUCGUUUUACUUCUGCUAUCACAAAGGACACACCAGCAGCUUUUGGUACCGGGGGCACUGCAAACCUGAAAGGUAUUCUUGACAGUUUAGAAGCAAAGAUUCAGGAUAUGAGGGAGUUCGUCAUGCUGCUUGGCAGCUGCCCACGCCUGCCUCGUCAGCCGGACUGUACAUAUCUGUUCAUGGAUAAGUGCAUGUUUGGUCGCCACGCCGAGAAAGAGCAUGUCAUCAAUUUCUUGCUGGCAAAUGAUGAUACUCAUGAUGACUGCCCAAAUCUGGGCAUCCUUCCGAUCAUCGGUCCGCACCGAGUUGGGAAGAAAACCCUUGUGCAACAUGCUUGCAAGGAUGAGAGGGUACGCGAUUUCUUCUCCAAGAUAUUGUUCUUCAAAGGGGAUGAUCUAGAGAACGGAGAAUUCGCAGCGAGUUUAGAGGCUGCCUCCGGGAAGAAGUGCUUGUUUGUUGUUGAGUUCCAUUGGAAUUUGGAUGAGGCAGCAUGGGCAAAUCUCAAAUCCUCUUUUCAGAAGGUGGCGGGUCAUGGAAGUAAAGUUCUUCUGAUAGGAAGAACUCAUGAAGUUGCUAAGUUCGGGACGGCACUGCCUGUCUGGAUGAAGAGUUUGUCUCAGGAAGAGUACUGGUACUACUUCAAGGCACUCGCUUUCGGAAGCAUGGAUCCUGAUGAGCAUCCAAAACUUGCAUCUCUGGGCAUGCAGCUAGCUACUGAAUUAAAAGGCUCAUUCCUGGGUGCAAACAUACUCGGUGAGAUGUUAAGAUCUAAUCCCAACGCUCAGUUCUGGCACGCCAUCCUGUCAAGCGUAAGAGCGCUCGUGCAGGAACACAUGUUUUCCGUUGGGGUACACCCUGAAGACCUCCUUGAGAGAAAUGUUCCUGUUGGUUUCACUAAUGUUUCCUUUGUGGGUGCCCAAAGUCAGGGGUGCCUGGUGUAUGAUCUCAGGGAGGCUGGCCCUGGAGAAGAUGAGCUGCCAUUGCCGACGUCGCGAGAAGUACUGACGGGUGUCAAGGUUCCUGCUGAGGACAGGUUUGAUGUGCUGGUAUGGAAAUCUCGCAUCCCACCAUACUGCAGCUACAUAGCUACCUAUGAGAGACAGAAGGCGCCCCGGCACAUAGUUGGCAAGAAGAAUCGUCUGGCUCUGAGAGAAAUACAAUCGUAG